AUGAUUUCAUCUCCAUUGGCGGUGGGUGGCUUUCCCCUCGGGGGAGGAGGCCUUAGCUGUAUCACCGUCUACAAGGUCAGAGCCGGGCGGAUGACAGCAGCAGUACCACACAGUGGAGGCAGCGGAGGAAGCAGCAGCAACCUCAGCCCGUGUAGCACCAGUCCUAGUCCCAGCCUUCCCAGUCCCACCCCCACUGCUGUGGAGUUCCACAUCAAGGGAGAGAGACUUAAAGACAAAUUGGUGGUGCUGGAGUGUGUCCUGCAGAAAGACCUUGUAUACAACAAAGUCACACCCAUCUUCCACCACUGGAGGAUCAAUGACAAGAAGUUCGGUUUGACCUUCCAAAGCCCCGCCGAUGCCCGCGCCUUUGACCGUGGUGUACGUCGGGCCAUUGAGGACAUCAACCAAGGUUGUCGAUCAUUUGGGGAUGGGGAUGCUCCAGAGGAUGGACUACAGGUGUGUAACGAGCUGCCUUCUAUUUGCACCCCAAUGAAAGAGCCCUUCUCGCCCCUGAGCAAUGUCGUCUCCACCAAGCCAUUCAGGGGCUGCUACGUACGCGCUCAACCCUUCGAUGAGUUUUCCUCCGGGAAUCGCCGCUACCUGCCUCCACAGGUCUCAAAGUCAACUCGCCAUGUCAGUUUUCAUAUGGAUGAAGAGGAAAUCGUUCGCAUCGAUCCACGCAAAGACGUGCUCAUCCGUGGCUAUGAGGACUACCGCCACCCUGUCAUGUGGAAACACGAGACUGAGCGUGAAGACCUGGACUUCCCCGCCACAUUCCACAAACUGGACAGUAAGAAGUGUGAAUACCUUUUCCCCGAUGGCACUAUUGGGGAACCCCACUCUGGCCCUGGUAUUGGAAUUGGAACAGGCAUGGGGCUGGGCCUGGGUAAGGACACAGCCAUCAAGACUCAGCCCUCGCCCCUGCUGAAAUCCAAGAAGGGACGGCGGCGACGAGAGGACGGGGAGCGUUCACGCUGCAUCUAUUGUCGGGAGAUGUUCAACCACGAAGACAACUGGCGGGGGCAGUGCCAAGAUGCCCCCGACCCCAUCAAGCAGUGCAUCUACAAAGUCAGCUGCAUGCUGUGCGCAGAGAGCAUGCUGUACCACUGCAUGUCCGAUUCCGAGGGUGACUUCUCAGACCCCUGCUCGUGCGACACGUCCGACGAGCAGUUCUGCCUGCGCUGGCUGUCCCUGGUGGCGCUCUCCUUCAUUGCGCCCUGCAUGUGCUGCUACUUGCCUCUCCGUGCCUGCCACCAUUGUGGUGAGGCCUGCCGUUGCUGCGGGGGCAAGCACAAAGCGGCGGGGUGACGCAUCGGCAGACGCUGGGACACCCUCAAAGCUAGCUAACACAGGAAGUGAAUAAAAGCGGAGAAUUAAACGCCGGCAUCCUUUUUUCAUUCCCCUCUCAGAUGGGGGCAGUAUGUUGUUGGUCCCCCAGCUCUGAGGCCUUUUGGAGAUUUGUGUUUGUGUUUGUCGCCGACAAGCAACGAGCAGAGGACAAAUCAUAAGCUUUGUGGGAGCUCCGAGCGUCGAGUUCAGGAGCUUCGCCUGAAGAGAAGAAGAGGAGAUCAACAUUAACAGACUUAGAGAUGUUACUAAACACACCUGUACAUGCACGCACACACACACACACACACACACACACAUACACACACCUCUCAAAUCCACACUCAGGCGUUGAUGAAGCCAGGCCACACUCAUUGGAACUACAAGAAAUGUGUAACUUUAUGAAGGAAAUUCAUGUCCUUGUACAGAGUAACAGCUUAAAGACAAAAAAAGUGCAUACAGUAGAAUUAUUUACUAUUUGUGUAUGCAGCAAAAAGGGAUAUACAUCCAACACCCCCCCCCACCAAUUUGCAGUUUGCAAACAGUUGUCUUUACUUUGUGGCUUAAACAUUUGCUGACAACAGAAUUACUAGCCAGAGAACGUGCACUAUAAAUGUUAUUGCCCCGUCCCUUCCAAAUUCUUAUGGUACAUUUAUCACCAUAUUUCAUGUAAUUUUAACAUUUGAUCAGUGUUUCCCUGGUGGUAAAAAAAAAAAAAAAGCCAAAUCCUUUGCAUUAUUUUAUUUUUUUCAUGAAAUGUUGGAAAUCCAUCAAAAAUAAAUGUUUUUGAAGAUACCUACUGGUUUAGGCUUUACAUCAAUAUGGAA